UGGAGAGGGGAGUCCCGGCUCCACUGAGCAGAGCUGGGUCUGGUCCCUGCAGCAGGUAAGCUCCAGAGACCAGAUGGGAGUGCGUGAUCAGGCAGAUGUGGCAGUGCUGGAGGAAGGCAGGAAAGUCCCACCAGCUCUGGAGCUGCAGAAGAGGUGAGGGCAGCAAGCGACUCUGGAGAGAAGUGAGACAAGGGAUUUCGGCCCCACGAGGACUCAAAGCACACAGGGAUUCAUUGCUCGGGAAUUUCUUUUAAAAGGGGAAGAAACACUAUGACACACAUUCUCCCGGCGCGUGGAGGAACAUGUCAAUCCCGUUGACGCUGUAAAUUCCGUUUUUCUUCCUCUCCUCAUGCCUCCAACUUUCCAGCUGAUCUUCUGCUCGAUCCUUCCUCUGCCAUGGACUCUUCUGCUUUCACCUUCCCCACACCUGUGGCUUCGGAGGAGGGGAACACCUCCACCAGCUGGGCAAGUUCCAUCCCAGGGAACCUAUCCACAGCUGCCAGCCCUGGCAUGGAUGUCAGUGGAGUCCUCAUCCCCCUGGUCUACCUCAUUGUCUGCGUGGUUGGGCUGGUUGGGAACUCCCUGGUCAUCUACGUGGUCCUGCGCCUCUCAGUGAGCGAGUCAGUGACCAAUGUCUAUAUCCUCAACCUGGCGCUGGCGGACGAACUCUUCAUGCUGGGGCUGCCCUUCCUGGCUGCACAGAAUGCGCUGUCCUACUGGCCCUUCGGCUCCUUCAUGUGCCGCCUGGUGAUGGCUGUGGACGCUAUAAACCAGUUCACCAGCAUCUUCUGCCUGACUGUGAUGAGCGUCGACCGCUACCUGGCUGUGGUCCACCCAGGGAAAUCGCUAAAGUGGCGGACAGCCCGGGUGGCCAAAGCUGUUAGUGCCACCGUGUGGGUGCUGUCGUCAGUGGUGGUGCUGCCCGUGGUGGUGUUCUCCCAUCUCCCCCUGGGGAUGAGCACCUGCCAUAUCCAGUGGCCCGAACCAGCUUCUGUGUGGAGAGCUGGUUUUAUCAUCUACACAGCCACACUGGGCUUCUUUGGGCCGCUGCUGGUGAUCUGCCUCUGCUACCUGCUCAUUGUUGUCAAAGUCCGGUCUUCUGGCAGGAGGGUGCGGGCCCUUUCGUCCAAGCGCAAGCGGUCAGAGCGCAGGGUCACUCGCAUGGUGGUCACCGUGGUGGCCGUCUUUGUGCUCUGCUGGCUGCCCUUCUACGUGCUCAACAUCAUCAAUGUGGUCUGCCCAUUGCCAGAGGAGCCGUCCCUCUUCGGGGUCUACUUCCUCGUCGUGGUGCUGCCCUAUGCCAACAGCUGCGCCAACCCCAUCAUCUACGGCUUCCUCUCCUACAGGUUCAAGCAGGGCUUCCGCAGGGCCAUCAUGAGGCCGUCCCGCCGUGUGCAGAGCCAGGAGGUGGUGGCACGUCCCCGGAAGAAGACUGAAGAUGAAGAAGAGGAGGAAGAGGAGGAGGAAGAGGAAACGGUGGAGAAUGGUGUCAGUAAGAUUGCCCAGAAUGGCAAUGGCGGACAGGAACAUCCCCUGACCAGUGGAGCAGCAGGAGGCAGCGAGCAGAAGCCACUCCCGGAAGAGCCUGGGAACUGUGAUAAACCCAAUGCACUCAACAUCAGUUACUUAUAGUGAAGGGGUGGGGGAGGCUCUGUCCCUCUGUCUCUUGGACAGUCCAGCCUGUACUGGGGGGGUUGUGGGGGCUGCAGUUGUGCACAGCAAGGCACCAAGGCCCAAGGCUCCACCUGAUGAAGGGGAGAGCUGGAGGAGUGUACAGACGGGCAGACAUCAUGGGAAGACCUGUGACUUCAGACAUCCCUGUGGGAGGGGAAGGGCAACAGCAUCUGGGUGGGCCUCGAAUCGGGGACUGGAUUAGGGUGUGUGGCAGGGUAGGAGCUUCAGAGAGGAGUCCAGCACUGAAUCCCCCUACAACCAACAUAGCGCACGGUUGCUGAUUAUUCUAUUGUUCUUGCUGCCAAGCUGUCCAUGGGGACCAUACACUCGGAGGCAGAAUCAUGGGGACAAUUCUUCCACAGCCUAACCCCUAGAGCGGUCUUCCCCUCCCUUUCAGCUGCUCUAGUAUCCCUUGGGGACAACUCCCCACCACCUAUGUGACCUGACACCAUCUCAACCGCAUGAGAUAUCCUGGCUCUUUAGAGGGCUCUCAUGUCCCAGGUGCCGACAGAUGUGAUUGGGCUGGUUUAGAGCAGAAUAUGAGACAUGUCCUUCGCCAUCUCUUGAUCCCAAGGGUUUUACUAUGGUAUUAUUAUGCUCUGAUGGAUGAUGGCAGCAGACCACAACGCCAUGGGUUGGGGGCAGUGCAAGCUGUAAUUUUCACCACCCCUCUCCAUCUUAUUGUGAAUAAAUGCAAAGAUUUAGGACUUUAUGAACAAUUUCAAAGGGUCAGUCUGUGCGCAAGUACGAUUGUGCUGGAAGGAUGAGGGCGUGUGGGUGAAAAAUGGGAGUGUCCGUGGUCAGAUCACUAUGGGGGACUGAGGGGUAAUUUUUUUGUGAACACGGUAACACCCAUAUAGGUGUAUGGUAGGAAGUUGUGUGUGUGCUUGUGCAUGAGUGUGUCUUCAGGGGUUUGGGACUGGUUUUUCUGCAUGUGUGUGCGCGCACAAGACGUUUGUACAGGUGCAGGGGUUGAUCUUGUCUCUAGAGGGGUAUCUGUACAGGUACAGGGGGUUGAUUUGGCUCUGGCAAUGCCUGUGGGGUGUCUGUGCAGGGGUGGGUGUGCAUGGGCAGGAAGGUGGAUUUGUCUGCAUAUUUGUGAGGGCGAGGUGGCUGCAAAUAGGGUGUAUGUGUGAGCGUCUCUCCUUCUGCCUUGCUUCAUUCCUGCAGACUCUGUCAAAUGCCUCUCCCUAUACCUUAAACUUUUCUAUAAAUGCAGUUGCUAAGCUACAAUGAUCAGAAAGAGCAACUUUAAUCCAGCUGAGCCAUCAGUAGG